UAUGAGUGCCAAGUGAGCUGCCCUGACGCAAGAAGCAUCAUCAGCACGUUGUUCACGAUGGAUACUGAGAAGAAGCCAGAGAAUGAUGAGGAUGAAAACAGAAACAAAGAAGCAAAAGACUCGAGAAAUUCUUCAACUAAUGAUGUAGAUUGUGGGCCCGUAUUUGAUGUGAUAGCAAAUUCUUCAGAGAAUUGCACCAGCAAAAGAGGUUUUUCAGAAUCCUCACACUUUGGCAGUGUCACUGUGGUGGAAGACGGGAACAAACAUGCUUCCAAACGAAUGAAAUUAUCAGCCGAGGCAGAGCACCUAAAGUCUGAAGAGCAGGGCGUUCCCGGGCUAGAAACUUCUGAGAGCACAGUCCCAGAAGUGCAUAUCCCGUUAGGUGAGACAGCGAAGGAGACCCUCCUGAGGGAAUGCCCAGAUGGAGGCACUUGUCUUCCCACUACCUUCUCCCCUCCUUGCAGUUUUAGCACUGUUGAUGCUGUUUCUCUGAAAGCAGACCCUGAAAAAAAGUCUGCUCAGGAAGUGGUUUCCCUUGAUCCGGAAGGAGAAUCUCCUUUCCCCCUGAAAGAGAUCGGUGUUAGUUGUACCAUGGGAAACGUAGAGACGGUUCUCAAGUGCAGCGUCUGUGGUCAUUUGUUUUCUUCUUGCGCGGAUCUGGAGAAGCACUCUGAGUGCCACACGCAGCAGUCGGAGGAGCACGCGUGCUGUCCCUGCGGCCACACGGCAGAGAGCGGCACGGCACCGCAUGUACGCAUCAGGCAGGCACAUGGGCCGCCCCAGGUCUUCUCUUGUGAUCUCUGCGGCUUUCAGUGUGUGGAAGAAAACCUGCUGAAUGCACAUUAUCUUGGCAAAACACACCUCCGGCGUCAGAAUCUUGCUGCUCGUGGAGGAUUUGUACAGAUCUUAACAAAACAGCCCUUUCCUAAGAAACCAUGUACCAUGGGCACAAAAAAUGUUCGCGUAAAACCAAGAGCUUCUAAACCAGUAGCAAAGACUGGUGAUUCAAAAGGAUUACGAAAUGUUGGAAGCAAAUUUAAAGAUUUCCGAGGAAGCGUUUCUAAGCAGGGUGGAAGCAGCUGUGAGCUGCUUGUUGAAAUGAUGCCGUCGAGGAACACCUCAUCAGAAAAAGUAGAGAUUGUUGAAGAAAACGUAACUUCCCUUGCUAUAGCUCGAAAUCCUGAAAACCAGAGUAAAAGUAAAAAGUUAGGAGCAUUGGUAAGCUCCGAGGGUCUCUUUGAUAAAUUAGAAUCUACCAAAAAUACCCUACAGGCAGCACCCAGUGUCAGUGCAAGCUCGAGACCAAGACCCGAGCGAAACGUCCUCACGCUGGGCAGUAGCUUCCGACGGCGAACUGGCACAUUUACUUUAAAAGGCCAGGCCAAGAAAAGGUUUAAUCUUUUAGGAAUUAGUAAAAGAGGAGCUAAUGACACCCAGAGGAUGUAUAUGAAACACUUUAGAACCCAGGUGAAGACACGUGAGGCACAAUCUGUGGCCAAUCAUGUAGAAAUGAGUGGCGGUGUCCACAGUCUGUGUGUGACUUCCUCGGAAACCCCGGACCUGACGCAGGACAAAAGAAGCUGCCAUGUUGUGUGCUCCUUUCGCUCUGCGACCGUGAGGCCAGCUACUGAUCAUCAGAUGUGUGCUGGUCCAGACUGUGGUCACGUGGCAACAAAUAGGGCAGACGUGGAGAGCCACGGGGAGAGGGGCCCCAUUGGAGAGGUGAAGCUUUGCUGUCAGGCGUGUGGCUUUUCCAGCACGUCGAGGGGGGACUCAGGCAAGCAUUUGCACGACCACCAGCAUCUGCACACUGCUGCUGGCCUCACCUGUCAGUGCUGUUCAUUUAUUUCUGAGAAUGAACUAAAUCUUAGAGACCACAUGAAAGAAAAGCACAAUAUGGGUUUUCUUUGCGCUCCUUGCAAUCUGUUCUUCCUGUCUGAGAAAGACAUGGAAGAACACACAACAACCGAGAAGCAUAUUCGUUUAUUGGUUCAACCAAAGACUUCCCAGUCAUUUAACAGUGAUUUGGCUUUACAAACUUUACCCUUAAGUACUUUAGAAUCAGAAAAUAUAAAAGAUCCUAUGAGUGAGUCAGGUAAAGCAGCUCAGGAAGAACCUGCUAAGUCCAGGGUAAGCCAUGGGCAUGAAGUGAGGCAUUCAAGCAAGCCUCAGUUUCAGUGUAAGAAGUGUUUUUAUAAAACGCGGUCUUCCACUGUUCUCACAAGACACAUCAAGCUCCGGCACGGCCAGGACUAUCACUUUCUUUGUAAAGCGUGUAAUCUUUACUCGCUGAGCAAGGAAGGAAUGGAGAAGCACAUUAAGAGAAGCAAGCAUCUUGAAAAUGCCAAGAAAAACAACAUCGGCUUAAGUUUUGAAGAAUGUAUUGAAAGGGUGUGUAUAGGUGCAAAUGACAAAAAAGAAGAGUUUCACAUUUCUGGAAAUGGAAGGAUCGAAGGCCAUGUAGAAGGUGUGCAGCUACAGGAGCAUUCCUGUCUUGAAAAGAGCCUACUGACUACCAAGGAAGCGCCACAGCCUGGUGUAACCACCAAAGAGGGUGAAGUAGCUUUGACCGCCACUCCAAAGAGAGGGAGACCCAAAGGUAACGUCUCGCGGACAUGCUCUCAUUGUGGUCUCUUGGCCUCUAGUAUUACCAACCUGACCGUUCACAUUCGACGAAAACACAGUCACCAGUAUAGUUAUUUAUGCAAAGUGUGUAAGUAUUAUACCGUAACAAAGGGAGAUAUGGAGCGUCAUUGUGCCACUAAGAAACAUAAAGGACGUGUAGAAAUAGAAGCAAAUGGCAAGCAGAGUUCAGAUAUCAUUGUUGGCCCCGAAGGGGGCAACCUUGAAGCCUGUAGAAAGACUGCCACCUCAGCAGGUUCAGAUGAACUUGCUAACAGGUCAGCAGAAUCAGAUACCUCCACUUCAGAAAAGCCAGUGGCAGAGCAUGGAAAUCCAACUGAAGUCGAAAUUGAAAAUGUAUUUCAUUCUACAGAUGGGGAAGUCAACAGUCAGCUUACUGAUAAAAAGGAACAAAUGUCUCUAGAACCAGAGGACCCUCUCCAGCAGGUGGAUGCAUGCUCUCAGAGAGAUGUUACGGGUACGAGUGAUAACAAGUGUGUACACUGUGAGUUUAACGCUCACUCUUCUGCUUCUCUAGAACUGCACAUAAAACGGAAACAUACAAAAGAAUUUGCUUUUUAUUGCAUGGCCUGCGAUUACUAUGCUGUGACUCGUCGAGAGAUGACUAGGCAUGCAGCCACAGAAAAACACAAGUUGAAAAGGCAGUGUUACCUGACCUCUUCUGACGUAGAAGCAAAUUCUGCGGACGUGUCCAAAAAUAUCAUUAUCCCUGAAGAGCAGCACCCACACAAUUCUGAAGAAUAUCAAAUAUUAUCAGACCAGCCAUCUGAAGAAAUUCUGAAAUCUAAAAGUACUGUUGAUUGUUGUGUUUUGGAUGAGGAUGCUAAUCUAGACGUGUCUAAGGUCCUCCGUGCUCCCACCUCUGUAGAGAUUGAGACUGAAGAAGAAUCUAAUCUCAGUGAAGAUCAUUCCUUUUGUGAAACUUUCCAGCAGCCCUUGGCCAAGGAUAAAGCUCUGAAACCUGAGGAGAUGGUGUCCCUUAAUAUUUCCUCUAAUUGUGGCUCCCCAGGCAGAUUUCAGAAUUCAGGAAGCUCAGCUUUGGAUUAUGAGGCAGUAGAGAGAGCCCACAGUACGUUGAAUGACCGUGGCGAUGCGAGCAUGCUCAGUGAGAGCGAUGUUGGCCAGGCAGGGGAGAAUGCAGAUAAAGCCCUUAGCAAACAUGGAUGUCCUGGAGGUCUCGGGGGAGGGCAUCCGGCUGACGGCACUGUCCCUGAUGUGAUGACAAGGACAAGGCAGGAGCUAAACCUGGAGAGUGGUGGUCAGAACGAAGUUGGGAGUGUGCAGAGUUCAGAGGAUUUGAAAGAUAUCCAAGAAGACGCUGUUCUGGAGAACAAGGAAAUUCUGAUGAAUUCCCAACGUGAAACGAAAAUUAUUUUGGAAGAGGAUGGUCCACCUUCUGAUAGCACAGUUGAAAGUAAUGAUGUUUAUGAGACUAUAAUCAGUAUUGAUGACAAAGGACAGGCCAUGUACAGUUUUGGCCGGUUUGAUUCUUCCAUAAUAAGGAUAAAGAACCCUGAAGAUGGAGAAUUGUUAGACCCGUCCGAAGAGGGUCUGGUAACAACAGGCGUAAGGAUUAGUGAGUUGCCCUUAAAAGACUGUGCUCAAGGUGUGAAAAAGAAGAAAUCUGAAGGUAGUUCCUUCGGUGAAUCCACACGAAUUCGUUGCGAUGACUGUGGCUUCUUAGCAGAUGGUUUGAGUGGACUGAAUGUUCACAUAGCCAUGAAACAUCCUACAAAAGAGAAACACUUUCAUUGUUUACUGUGUGGAAAAUCAUUCUACACAGAGAGCAACCUCCAUCAGCAUUUGGCCAGUGCUGGUCAUAUGAGAAAUGAACAGGCCAGUGUAGAGGAGCUUCCGGAGGGAGGGGCCACCUUUAAAUGUGUCAAAUGUACGGAGCCCUUUGAUUCAGAACAGAAUUUAUUUCUACAUAUUAAAGGGCAGCAUGAAGAGCUGCUCCGGGAGGUGAACAAGUACAUAGUGGAAGACACUGAGCAAAUCAACCGCGAGAGAGAAGAAAAUCAGGGAAACGUUUGCAAGUAUUGUGGGAAGAUGUGUCGAAGUAGCAAUUCGAUGGCAUUUCUAGCACAUAUUCGCACUCAUACAGGAUCAAAACCAUUCAAGUGCAAGAUAUGCCAUUUUGCAACAGCUCAGCUUGGCGAUGCCAGAAACCAUGUCAAAAGGCACCUUGGGAUGAGGGAAUACAAGUGUCACGUCUGUGGGGUUGCUUUUGUAAUGAAGAAGCACUUAAAUACGCAUCUACUAGGCAAACAUGGAGUUGGCACCCCAAAAGAAAGGAAAUUUACGUGCCACUUAUGUGACCGGAGUUUCACUGAGAAGUGGGCCCUGAACAACCACAUGAAGCUCCACACGGGAGAAAAGCCAUUUAAGUGUACCUGGCCCACGUGCCAUUACUCAUUCCUCACGGCCUCCGCCAUGAAAGACCACUACCGGACGCACACAGGCGAGAAGUCGUUUCUGUGCGACCUCUGCGGCUUUGCCGGCGGGACGCGGCACGCCCUCACCAAGCACCGCCGCCAGCACACAGGAGAAAAACCUUUCAAAUGUGAUGAGUGUAACUUUGCCUCCACAACCCAGUCCCAUCUGACUCGGCACAAACGGGUGCACACGGGAGAGAAGCCCUACAGAUGCCCCUGGUGUGACUACAGGUAAGGGUUCAUUACCAAGCAGGUAGAGUCAGGUGAUCACCGUGGUGGAUUCACAGGCAA